CGAGGAACAAGAUGGAUAUCUACGACGAAGAACUCUUUGAUGUAAGACCAAGUUGUAGUACUUCUACGAGUUUGAACGUGACGGCAACAAGAGAUUUAAUGCAGGAUCCAAUACAAGAGAAAGAUUCGAACAGUAUCUUAAUUAAAGAUAUUUCAGUAAAACUUACACGUUUACGAAGUGUAAAAGAAAAAACAACACUAAAAUCAAUAAAAUGUAAGAGAAGAAAUAGAUGGAGAUAUGGUCUGUUAAAUGGGAAGUUUUCUAAAAAAAAGAAAUCAAACGUUCCUUCUUCUAAGUCUUCGAAUUCUCAGCAAGCAUUUCGAAAUGCGAAACCUGUUACAGAAGUUAUAUCGUCAGAAGACAGAGGAAAUAAACAAAUAGAUACACACUUGCAUAACCAAUUAUAUCAAGGAGAAUUGUAUGAAGAUGCUCAGCAGAAUGAGCAAAGAAUAAGUAACGUUGCACAAAAUAAGACUGAAAAUUUUAAUUUAUCUACGUGUGAGACGGAGAAAAAAGAUUUGUGUGUCAAUGUAACUUAUGCAUGUGCACGUACUUUACCAUAUAAAUUUUAUCGAAAAAACAUACCUAGUAGUUCAAGCGCGAUAGAUUAUUGUGAUUCUUCAUCUAGUAGCAAGGACACAGAAUCGAGUUUGCAUAGCAACCAAUCCAAUCUUACUAGCCCUUUAUCUAAAGAUAAAAAGGUAAUGAAGAAACUGAUUCGUUUAAGGUUAAAACUUAUGGCUAAAAAAGUGGAAAAGAGACUGAAUAAAUGGAAAUUUAAAAGGAAAAGUGCAUGUAGCGAUAAACAUUCAUCUGACAGUGAAACAGAAAAACAGCGUGUACCAAACAAGAAACGUCGAAGAAUAGUAUUAAUGGAAGAAUCUGAUAGUGAAAAUGAAACUGUAAAUAAUACAACAGCAAUUGAGAAUAAUAACCAGAGUGAAUCUCAUUUAUCUUUUAAAAAGAUUGAUGCAAGAAAAACAUGUAUACAGUUUAGCUCUCCUGCGAAGGUUAUUUUAACAAAAUUGGAAGAAAUGGAAGAUGAAGAUGUUAUUAAGUGGCGAAAGAGCAAAAUUUCAGAUAUUUCAUCUGAAUCAAUAGAACAAUUGGACCAACGGAAGUUGUCACAAAAUUUGGUAGCUUCACACUCUCAAGACAAAUUAAUUUUGCCAACAGAAGAUGAUAAGUUUUUGGAAAUAAAUAAAAAAACACAAAAUAUUUCUAAAGAUUCUCCAUUGACCAUUAGAUGUAUUGAUAGACGUGUAGUAAGGUCAAAGUUGAAAAAGCUACGGAAGAAACACAAGCUGUUCAAAAAGCCUAGAGUUCUACUAAUAAAACUGGAUACUUUACAAUAUUUUCCUAAAGAUGAUAGAUAUUCAGCGACUGAGGUCGAAUAUUUAACAAAGAAAUACCUAAACUUUGUGAUAAAUUCCAAAAUUUGCAAAAGUACAUUUCGUAAAUUAACAACGUAUAAACACAUGUGCUUACAAAGCAGAUUGGACGCGAAUACCACUUGUACGGAAGAUCAAGGUGUAAGCUCUAGUUUAUCCAAGGAACAAAGUAUGAACGAAAGCCUUAAAUCAUGCUUCAUCGACACAAAUUCAAUAAAAGACGUUCAAACCAUAGAAAACAGCGAUGAAAAUGCUUCAUUCCUGAUCCAUCGAAAGCCUAUUCGAAAUCAUUGUAAAACUUUAUCGCCAAGAAUAUCCGAAAAGAAGAAUAGUACUUUGUCACAGGAGCGUUUAGAAAUAUGGCGAAAUGCGUUUCGUGCAUUGAUAACGCCGAAAAAAUUACAAGAGACAAUCGCUUCUACAUCGAAAUCAACAUCAGAAACAGUCCCCAUUUCGCGGAACUCGUCGAAGAAAUCGGUGAAUGCAGAAUGCGAAAGUGUUAUCACUUCAGCUUCCACAUUUACGUCUUCUAUGAAAUGUACAACACCGGUCGGAUCUCCUUCAAAAUUCACUUCGCCGAAGAAACAGACAAAAACCUCAACAAAGCCAACAGAGUGUAAUGAUACAGCCAAACCCGAGUCAUCCAUCAGCAGUAAAAAUCUUUCAAGUGACGCAAAUGUUGAUAAAAUCAUCUCUAGGAGCGAUUUUAUUCAAUCUAAGGACGGCACUGUUUCUAAAAACCCGUGUAAAAACGCAAAAGGAACAGACGUUAUUACAAUAGACGCUUUCUUAAAUUCGAACAAGAAGGUAUCAGAGAUGUCACCGAAAUUGCAUAAGAAAGCAACCAAUCUUGAAUUGUCAACUAAUGACAAAUCUGAAAAGUCAAAGACCUCGAAAAACUGCAGCGUUGUACAAUUUCAAACAAUACAACACAAAAAAGAGGAAUCACAUAAGUGCAUUGCGUGUGGCUCGUCAUUCAAGGAUUUCGAUAUGUGGAUAAAACAUUUGAGGAACAAUUUUAAUACAACACAUAUGAAUGUGAAUUCUAAAUCUGCCUAUGCAUCAAAAUGCAUAAAAGCCUCGCUUUUGAAAAUUAUGAAUAAGGAAAAAAAUUUGGAGAACUCGAAACCGUCGACAUCGAAACAGCAAUGUUCUUCAGUUAACGGAGAAAGUGGCUCACGUCAAUUAGAUAAAUCUGUUAAUUCCGAUAUGAAAAGUUCAUCCUCUUCUUCCUCCUUGUCAUCAUUGAAAGCCAUCAAAAUGCGCCAUGAACAAUUCAAAGUGUCAAAAAAUGAAAUGAAAACUAAAUCAGCUAUAAAGUCAAAAUCUGGUCGAAAUUCACCAAGUGGAGCGAAAAUUUCAGACUCCAAUAAUGUUGAAUCUAGUAGUUCGACGAAUAUUAAAGUAAAACCAAAAAUAACAUGCAAGAUUUGUUCAAAGUCCUUUAAUACCAAUCAACAACUUUUUGAGGAUAUGUCAGAGCAUAUGCAUAACGAUUUCCAGACUAUGCAAACGGCGAUCGAUAAUUAUAUUAUUUCUACGCCAGUGUCUAACAAGACUAACGAUCAAGUCUCAAAUGAUAUGGUGAAAAAUUCGAUAGAAGCAGCCAUGGAAGAGGUCGAAGUAGCUAGAAAUGGUAUCAAUGAGCCAGAGACGAGUCAACCAGAACAUAUAAACGAAUCUAGUGCGGAGAAUCUCGUGAGUUCAGAGGUAUCACAGCAGGAUGCAACCAAAGAAAGAAACAAAAUUUCGAACUUACCAGUGGCAGAAUAUACUAUAGAAGAACAAGAUGUAGAAGAACAGUCGACACUUGCCACGAAUAACGCCGAAGUUAGCAAGGAAGUUAGCAAAACACAGUGUGCGGAGAAAGAAAACAUAUGUGACGCUGGACCAUCUUUAGAACUUCGACCGGAGAUAUCCUUCACUAUUUGUAUGUGUCAUAGACCUAAAAACGAAACAAUUAAGGCGAUGGGAUCGAACAUUCACAUCGAAAUAGUUUUGUUGUGCACCACUUGUCAGACAAUAUUUCGAGGCUUGGAAUGCUACGAGGUGCAUUGUAUGAGUUCUGUGGAUGGCUCGCUCUGCAACAAAAACCGACUGCAAGGUAGAAAGUCCAAAUUACUCUGUGUCAGCUGUCAGCAGAUAUCGAACUCUCUCCAGGACUUGCUGCAACAUCUAACGACGCAUUCUCGACUUAAUCACACAGGCACAGUGACAUUUUUUUGCAGCAUAUGUAAAGUCAUCUUCUACAGUUUUGGACCACUCUUCGAGAGCCAUUUCCAAAAUCAUGAGAAGAACUCGUUAUUCCUGGCUAGUCGUCUCUCGUUUCCAAGGCCUUCAUACAUUAACUCAAAACUUGUCAAGAUACCAGCGACAGAUAUACCGAUAGAGCUUCUUUAUAUGCAAAUAGCCGAUUAUGUGUGCCAACAUUGUAGAAUGCCUUUUAUCUAUGAACAAGAUCUGAAAUCACACAAGGCGAUUUGCGAAAGCCAUAACGUCGAGCCUCGUAUCGAAUUUUCGGAUGGCAGGAGCACGACUUCGAUCACCCCCAGCAAAAUACCAAUUUUGCUAAUAUGCGGAUUCUGUAGCAAGACGUUUUACAGCAGGAUGUCUUUUGAGCUGCAUUCGUUGGAGCAUACGCAGAAGAGGGAGUUACAUUUGCAUUAUACUUGCGUAGCUGUUACCGCCGUAACGAAAGUAUAUAUCUGCAAGGUAUGCACUACCAUGUGGCAAUGUUUGCAGACCUUCAAAGAACAUUGGCAGACUCACAGUGAGCUGCGGGCGGAAUAUAUAUGCUCUCUCUGCCGUAAUUAUUUCCUUAGUGUCGAACUAUUUCAGAAGCACGCGCUCGUGCAUAGGAACAACGAGAAGAAGCAGGUGCCGAUCACAUGCGAGGUAAUCUAUCGUGACGUUAGUUAUCAGAACUCCAACAUAAAUUCGCAAAGAGACACUACCAUAAACGAAUUACCUUAUAUGAAUUUGAGUUAUUUCGACAGUAAGAAAGAUUUCGUUGAUAAAACUGUGAAUGAUAAAUCACGCGAAUCACAAAAAUCGACUCGCUUACUGGUAAAAAAUCUCAUGAGUGAGAAUCGAUCUACGCAGUCAUCAGUACAUUCCAAUAAAGAAGCACAAGCAACCAGAAAUGUCCCGGAGGUUCCGGUACAAGUUCCCUCGUCCAAUUCUCUUGUCGCAGUCGCGCAAUCUGAACCAAAUAGCAAUGAUAAAUCGGGGAAUCUUGAUGAUGACUCGGAUGAGGACUUAACGAUAGUGUUGUCGGACAGUGAAGAAAGUUCAGAAUCGAGUGAGAUCAAAAGAAAUGUUGACAGUAUGCCUUCCACUAUGUCACAAAACACGAAAUCAACGACGUCCGAUUCUGCCAUUGAUGGACAAAUGAGGUGUUCCAAAGAUGCAGCUCCGAUCGCAUCAUCUGCGAAGACUUCGAGCUAUGUAAAAGAAAGUACAAAUUCCCGAAUUAGUGUCAUAACUCCGAUAGAAUCCGAGAACACGCAGCUGAAGACAAAUUCGAGCGUUUUGAAGGAUAACAAUACUGUCAAAAAUUGUGUAGAUCGCUCGGUGUCGUCAGUGGCGAAUUCUUCGAUAGAAGACCCCAAAGAAUCGUUACCGAAAAACGCCAUGAGUUAUGUGCCUAAGGCUUUCUUACGCGUGAAGUCCUUGGCAGAGCUAACAAAUACUUCACCGGAGAAAUCUUUAUGUCAAAUAUGUGGCAUGUCAUUCGAAUGUCGGCAGAAAUUGAGGACACAUAUGCUAACACACAUUCAGUUGCCUCACCAAAACAAGAAAGAUGAUCAAGUAACUUCGUCCGGCAAUAUACAAGUCUGGCCAGCUAAACCGAUGUUCAACCCUCAAGUAGCCAUGCCCACGACAUCAAGUCAAGAUCGUUCCCUCUCUUCCGCAAUAACUCCAUCCGUCACCACGUAUCCAAAUACAUCUAAAGUAGUCUCAGCCAAAUCUCGACAAUAUCAAGUGAUCGGCGUGAAGCCAUUGCGUUCGGUCAAAUAUAACGCGAACGUAGAAGCAUCAAAAUUGAAAGAAACGUUAUAUCGAGAAACGACGUCUCCUUUGUUAAACAAUAUCGGUGCUACUUCGCAGCAAAUCUCGCAAAAGACUGCCUAUCAUCAAAACUUGCCGCCUCUUGUCACCUAUCCGUUAAACAAGUCAAUCCAAUCUGCUCAACAGCAGCAGAGUACUGGCACCGUAGCUGUCAGACCAUUCUUACAAACUUAUCAAACGUCCAAACUACCGCCACCACUAUAUUUACAACAACAGCAAUCGCAGCAACUACAACAUCCACAACUGGUGCAUCAACAGAAACAACAUGAAAUCCAACAACAGUUACAGCAGCCACAACAACUGCAACAAAUGCAGCAACAACAAAAGCCGCAGCAAUUGCAACAAUUGGCGCAUCAGCAGAAACAACAGCAAAUCCAACAACAGUUACAGCAGCCACAACAACUGCAACAGAUGCAGCAACAACAAAAGCCGCAGCACUUGCAACAAUUGGCGCAUCAGCAGAAACAACAGCAAAUCCAACAACAGUUAGAGCAGCCACAACUGCAACAGGUGCAACAACAGCAACCGCAACAGCAGCAACAAGUACAACGACAUUUACAAUUGCAGUUGCAAUUACAACAACAACAGUUGCAACAUCAGCAGCAUCAACAGCUGCAGCAGCAUCAACAGCUGCAGCAGCAUCAACAGCUGCAGCAGCAUCAACAGCUGCAGCAGCAUCAACAGCUGCAGCAGCGGCAACAAUUGAAUAUUGGCAAUAAUGUUAUGCAUUACGUAAUAUCCAAGAGAGACAUGUCUUAUCAAUUGCAUUCCACCAACCUAAUACCAACGAACACGGAUAAUGUUAUGCUCGUGACUGUGAACACAAUGCAGCAGAUCUCGGAGAAUCCGGAACGUUACAUCUGCAUGUAUUGUCCAGGCUUUGAGUGUGGUUCGGUGCAGGAGUUCGCAUUGCAUGAGCAUUCAUCGAAGCACGAAGCCCGUAGCCAUUAUAAUAACGUUACUUAUUUAUCUUGAACGUAAACUAUAGAUGAUAAAUAUAUUUCUUGAAAUUCUUAGCAGGAGACGAUUGAUUAUAUUCAGGAACACAGUCACUUUUCGAUGAAGAUAUAGAUGAAGAUAUGCCGUUUUAAUUAACAUUAGAAUCACAUAAUACUGAUUGAAUGUGACCAAGUUUCAUUUUGCUAAUCUAUAAAUAAAUGCAUUUUCAUCUGAACAGAGAGACAUUUUUGCUAUUUAUCUGAA